AUGCUGUCUAGAAAAUCUUUUUUAUUCAACCCUUGUCUCUAUAGAUUUUGCUCAUUCCGAGAAGAGUAUGACACCUUCGGACCAAUCAAAGUCAAAAGCGACAGACUUUGGGGAGCCCAAACCUAAAGAUCAAUCUAAAACUUCGAUAUCUGCAGAGACACCGAUAAGAUGCCUCUCCCAGUCAUCAAAGCUUUCGGAAUACUCAAAAAAUCAGCAGCCAUCGUAAAUAAAAGAUAUGCACUCAAACCUGAAAUUUCCGAUGCCAUAGCCAAAGCUGCAGAUGAGGUUAUUGCUGGAAAAUUGAAUGAUCACUUCCCAUUGGUCGUUUGGUAAACAGGUUCAGGCACAUAAUCAAAUAUGAAUGCCAAUGAAGUCAUUGCCAACAGAGCCAUCCAAAUCUUAGGAGGACAAAUUGGCGGUAAAUUAGUGCAUCCCAACGACCAUGUCAACAUGAGUCAAUCCUCAAAUGACACAUUCCCAACAGCCAUGCACAUUGCAACCGUCAUUCAAACCAACUAAGUAUUGAUCCCAGGAUUACAAACACUAUUGACAAGUCUUGAAAGAAAGGCUAAAGAAUUCGAAAAGAUCAUCAAGAUCGGCAGAACACACACUCAAGAUGCCACUCCUUUGACUUUGGGACAAGAAUUCAGUGGAUAUGCUCAAUAAGUGAGAAACAGCAUCGAAAGAGUCAAAACAGCUCUUCAUUAAGUUCAAUAUUUGGCUUAAGGAGGAACAGCUGUUGGAACUGGAAUUAACACUUAUGUUGGAUUUGCUGAAGCCAUUGCCGAUUAAGUCAGCAAAGAAACAGGAUAUGAAUUCAAAACUGCCCCCAAUAAAUUUGAAGCCUUGGCUUCUCAUGAUGCCUUGGUAGAUUUCCAUGGAACAUUGAAUGCUGUUUCUGUUUCCUUAAUGAAAAUUGCUAAUGACAUUCGUUUCUUAGGUUCAGGCCCCAGAAGUGGUUUGGGAGAAUUGAUCUUACCAGAGAACGAACCAGGAUCAUCAAUUAUGCCAGGAAAAGUCAAUCCUACUUAAUGCGAAGCCUUGACAAUGGUCUGUGCUUAAGUUAUGGGAAAUCAAGUUGCUGUUACUGUAGGUGGUUCAAAUGGACAUUUUGAAUUGAAUGUUUUUAAACCAGUUAUUAUCCACAAUGUACUCCAUUCAGUCAGACUCUUAGGAGAUGCUAGUGUGUCAUUCACUAAGAAUUGCGUUGAUGGAAUUCAAGCAAAUACAAAGAAGAUUGAAGAAUUAAUGAGUUAAUCCUUAAUGCUUGUGACUGCUCUCAACCCAUACAUUGGAUAUGAGAAGGCUGCCAAAAUUGCCAAACAUGCUCAUAAACAUCAUUAAACUUUGUUAGAGGCUGCCUUAGAACUUAAAUUAUUAAAUGAGGAAUAAUUCAAAUAAUGGGUUAAACCUGAAUCCAUGAUUGGCCCAUAAGAAUAUACACCCAAAAAAUGA